AGCGGACAGGACGGUCACCGGCGUGACUUUCGAAAACCGAGCGGGACACACUGGUUGAGGUCCGGGAGACUGUGACAGACAGCUCUCAGAUCAGCUCUCCUUCCCUGAGCGCUGCCGGACGAGGCUGCGGGAACAUCACAUCGCUUCUGCAGAAACUCCCCCUGAGCCACAGCGAGCAGCAGCAGCACGGAGACGAUGGGAUUUUAAGCCGAACACUCAACAUGAAGACACACUUGUAGUUGUAUUAUUAUUUUUUUUCUCUUUUAUUAGUGUGUGUGCGUGUGUCGUUCUCCGCCGGACAAGUUUACACCUUUGCACUGGAUGCUGAGAUGCGCAGGAAGUGACAGGGGUCCUCAUCUCUUCUACAGUUCUCAACUAGUUACAAAACGCCAUGAAAGACGACUUUGCAGACGAGGAGGAAGUACAGUCUUUUGGAUACAAGAGGUUCGGGAUCCAGGAGGGCACCCAGUGCACCAAGUGUAAGAAUGAAUGGGCACUGAAGACCUCCAUAGCUCUGCUCUAUGUGCUGUGUACUCUCCUCACCAUCGCUGUUGCUGUACUUGGAUACAAAGUUGUGCAAAGAGUUGACAGUGUGUCUGAGGGUAUUGCAAACUAUGGAGGAAAGAUAAUGGCUGUUGAGACCGAUUUGAAAAAGCUUGAUGAUCAAACAGGAGAGAAGUCGGAGAAUACCACCACGGAGAUCAAGACUUUUAAGAACAACAUCUGGAAUCUUCAGAGGCAGCUGUCUGCGGUGGAGGAACGCAUCCACAACGAUCAAGUUAAGCUGAGUCAGCUGCAGAACAUUGGCUCAGACAUCCAGAGCAGCCAGGGCUCCAUCCAGGGACUGCUGGAUACCAACACAGCCACUUUGCGCUUUGUAAAUGGCACCUUGCAGUCUUAUGGCAGCGUUAUCGAGGGUCUGCAGGACGACACAGCCAGGCUGCAGAGAGAACUCCAGCAGCAGGUGAAACUCCAGAACGAGGCGCUGCUCAGCAUCAGCAGCCUAAACCUCACCCAGGCCCAGCAGAGAGGCCUCAUUGCCGCUUUGCAGCGCUCGGUGGAUGACACCAGCCAGGCCAUCCAGAAAAUGCGCAAUGACUUUCAGAGCCUGGAGCAGACAGCCCGACAGACACGCUCUGAUACCGAGUGGCUUCGAAGGAGAGUGGAAAACUUGCAAAUCUUGGCUAGUAAUGCCUCAGCUCUAGCCAAGGCCAACAACGAUAGCCUUGAGGAGGUGGGAUCACAGCUCACUUUUAUGACCAACCAGCUCCAGAACACCAGCAGCCUGGCUGAUGCUCAUGACCAGACCUUGAGGGAGAUUAUGGAUCAGCAGAGGGACUUUGGCAAUAUCACGUCCACCAAGUUUGACCGGCUGGAGGUACGGCUGGAUGAGACGGAGCAGAGCAUGGACCGCGUGACCGGCAACAUCAGCUUCACCACGCAGCUCUUGGGUGCCAUCAACCUUAACCUGAACGAGUUACGCACUUGUUCCGAGACAGUCGGCCGUCACUCAGACUUCUUGUUAAACCUCAACAGCAGUAUGACAGAUGUGAGGACAGACACAGCCAGCCUUAGCUCCCAGCAGAAGGAGCUGGCCGCACGUCUGGACAAGGAGGUCACCAACCUCUCUAUUGUCAUGGAGGAGAUGAAACUCGUGGACACCAAGCACUCACAACUAAUAACCAACUUCACUAUUUUACAGGGCCCCCCUGGUCCCAGAGGGCCAAGAGGGGACAAAGGACCUCAGGGACCAAGUGGUCAGUCUGGCCAAAAGGGAGAGAAAGGGGAAAAGGGAGCUCCAGGCAUACGAGGACCCAGAGGAGAGCAGGGUAUUCCAGGACCGCCAGGUCUGCCAGGAUUAAAAGGUCUACCAGGUGCAAGUGGCAGCCCUGGAUCCAAGGGCUCCCGUGGGUCAGGAGGCAGGGCUGGACCUCCUGGAGCUAAAGGAGAGCCAGGUAUUGCUGGUUUGCCUGGAAGAGAUGGACAGCCCGGCCCUCAGGGGGCACAGGGCCCACCAGGUAUCAGAGGCUCAGUGGGACCAGCUGGGGAGCAGGGGCCAAGGGGACUGCCAGGACCAGUGGGGCCUCCGGGGCCACCAGGACCACCAGGACAACCGGGAAUCCCUGUCAGAGGUCAAGCAAUUUCCUUUUCCCCUGUGUCUCUGCAGGAUGAGGCAAUAGCUCCUACACUAUGGGCCCCCGGAUGUCCUGUUGAGUGGGUAAACUACAGAGAAAAGUGCUACUUUUUCUCCAAAGACCUGCACAGUUUUGAUGAUGCUAAAACAACGUGUGAAUCAAAGUCCGCUUCAUUGUUGAUCGUCAGUGAUAUGGAGGAACAGAAAUGGCUAAAGAAGCAGAUAUUCGGGAAGGGUUACUUCUGGAUGGGUCUGACCGACAAGGAGGAGGAGAACGUGUGGCGCUGGCUGGAUGGGACUGAACCUGCUUUCACGAAGUGGAAGCCGGGUCAACCUGACAAUUGGGGCCAUGGGCAUGGAACAGGAGAAGACUGUGCAGGUCUCAUCCAUGAAGGGCUAUGGAACGAUUUCUUCUGUGAAGAUCUCAUAAGCUACAUCUGUGAGAAGCAAAUGGAGACCGCAGUAAAAUCACCUGGAUCGUAGCGAUAAGUCUUGAAAGUGAGCUUGCAGUGAGCAGCUAGACUUCACCCAUGUGGCACUGGUGCACUGACACAGCACAUGGAGAGUCCAUACGGAGAGAGCAAAGGGACAAAUUUGAAAUGAGCCCAGGGCUGCAGCAGCAAACGUCUCUCCAAUGCUGAAGAGAUGCCUUUCUCCUCCAAAGUGAAGCCAGUCCAAUUUUACCAGCAAGUGCAAUACAGCAGGGCAACCAAACAAGGAGGAGAAUCUGUUUUUUAUUUUUUAAAUGACCAAAUCAUCGAUUUAUAUAUAUAUAUAUAUAUGAAUAUUUUUAUGGCUAUUUGAAAUACAUUUUUAUAAAAACGUAUUCCAUGUUCCAACUGAAUAUCUGAAUGUAUAUAUCAUUAUGCAACUUUUGUAGGAAAACAGCAAUUCUAUGAAGCCAAAUGGACUUAUCGUAGUGCUUUUCAUAACACGUAAUUGUCUUAAAAUGAGAAUAAAAGGUGCAAAAUGAUGCACAAAAAACAUGUUGCUGAUAUGCUAUCUUUGGGGAAGUGUUAUCUAACCUCAUGAAUGUCUAAAUAGCAAUUUCAUUGAGUGGGAACAAAUGAAGUACUUACACAUAAAAGCAGAAAAAAUGUCACAAUCAGCUUAAGUUCUUGUUCAAAACGACAGGUUUAGAGUUUAAUACUCGGUGUAUGAUACAGUAUUUUGUGAUUAUGAGAUUUAUUUUUCCUUACUACAGACAUACGUAUGUUUAUAUAUAAGAAUCUGUGGAUCCUAUCUACAAAUAGAAAAUGUACCAUUUUCUGCGCUCAGGUAUUUCCUGUUUAAAAAAAAAAGUUUCAAACACUAUGAAGGAUGAUCUAUGAAGGAAACACUCAGAAAUAAAUAUGUAAA